ACCCACACCCCACACUAUACUCUCUGCAAGUGACUAGUACACACAUUAACACACACACACACGCUGACCGGUGUUGCGCUGCGGUGUGUUUUUGCCCACAGCAAAAGAAGGUAACUGAAAAAGUGUGACUUUAGGAAAGCCCAAAAAGCCUAGAGCGGAAACCGAAAGCAAGCAAGAAGAAAACAAACCAUUUUAUUCAUACUUUAUAGCAUUUGUGAAGCAGCAAGAGCCAAAAAACUCAAGGUUGUGUUCAGAAAAUGUAUUCUUGAUCACCUCUUCUAUGCAAUGGCCAUGUCUGUCAUCUUCAGCUACCGUUUCUUUCUUCUGGGCUUCUUCGUGUUUUCUCCUACACUUUGUUAUUCGUAUGAAGCUCGAAAUCCUGAAGUUGAAGCUUUGAUUAGUGUCAAGAAUGUUUUGAGCGACCCUCAUGGGGUUCUGAGCAACUGGGAUGAAGAUUCUGUAGACCCCUGUAGUUGGUCUAUGAUUACUUGUUCCUCUGAUAAUCUUGUUACUGGCAUAGGAGCCCCAAGUCAAGGUCUAUCUGGGACUUUAUCCGAGGUCAUUGCUAAUCUCACAAACCUUAAGCAAGUGUUGUUGCAGAAUAAUAACAUCUCAGGUCACAUUCCACUAGAAUUAGGCAAUCUUUCAAACCUUGAGACUUUGGAUCUCUCCAGUAACAAGUUGUCUGGUCCUUUGCCUGAUUCUUUGGGGUUCCUAACAAAGCUCCAGUACCUAAGGUUGAACAACAAUAGCUUGUCUGGUGCUAUUCCUCCGUCUUUAGCCAAAGUCCCUCAACUUGCUUUCUUGGACUUGUCUUACAACAAUCUGAGUGGACCUGUUCCCAGAUUUCCAACCAAAGCAUUCAACAUUGUGGGUAACCCCUUGAUAUGUGGAAGCCACUCAGGCAAGAGUUGUUCCGGAUAUUUUAAUAUGAGUUCUCUUUCAUUCUCCAUGGAUUCAUCCCCUGGAAAAUCCAAUUCCAAAAGAUUAGCUGUUGCACUUGGUGUUAGUCUGAGCUUUGUCUCCAUUUUCCUCCUAGCAAUUGUAGUUUUGAUCUGGACUAGAAGCAAAAAGAAUAAACAGUCCAUUCUCAACAUUAAUGAUGUGCAAGAGGAGGAUCUAUUAAGACUGGGCAAUCUCAGAAGCUUUACAUUCAAGGAGCUUCAACUUGCAACAGACAAUUUCAGUUCCAAGAACAUACUUGGUGCUGGGGGAUUUGGCAAUGUAUAUAGGGGGAAGUUAGGGGAUGGUACAAUGAUUGCAGUAAAGCGUUUAAAGGAUGUGACAGGAACUGCAGGGGAGUCACAGUUUCGUACUGAGUUGGAGCUUAUUAGCUUAGCAGUUCACAGGAAUUUGCUAAGGCUAAUUGGUUAUUGUGCUAUCCCAAAUGAAAGGCUUUUGGUGUAUCCAUUCAUGUCUAAUGGCAGUGUAGCAUCAAGACUAAAAGGAAAACCUGCUUUAGACUGGAACACUAGAAAGAGAAUUGCAAUUGGAGCUGCAAGAGGUCUCCUAUACCUGCACGAGCAAUGUGAUCCAAAAAUAAUUCACCGUGAUGUAAAGGCUGCUAAUGUUCUCCUAGAUGACUACUGUGAGGCUGUUGUUGGUGACUUUGGCCUAGCUAAGCUCCUUGACCAUGCCGAUUCUCAUGUGACAACAGCUGUUCGUGGCACUGUAGGGCACAUUGCGCCUGAAUACCUCUCGACUGGUCAAUCAUCCGAGAAAACUGACGUUUUUGGAUUUGGUAUUCUGCUGAUAGAGCUCAUAACUGGAAUGAAAGCCCUUGACUUCGGAAAAACUGUAAACCAGAAAGGAGCCAUGCUGGAAUGGGUUAAGAAAAUACAGCAGGAAAAGAAAAUUGAAGUUUUGGUGGAUAGAGAAUUGGGUAUCAACUAUGACCGGAUUGAGGCGGGUGAGAUGCUCCAAGUUGCUCUACUUUGCACUCAAUACCUCCCCGCCCACCGGCCUAAGAUGUCGGAUGUGGUUCGAAUGCUUGAAGGAGAGGGCCUAGCAGAAAAAUGGGCGGCCUCCCAUAAUUAUCCAAAUCAAGGCACAAACCUUCCCCCCCUCAUUCAUGGUUCCCAAAUUAGGUUGCACCAUGCCACUGUCCCUGGACAUGAUGACAAUGUCUAUGACCAGUCAGUCAUGUUUGAGAUGAUAACAAUGGAUGAAGACUAUGAUGCUUAUGCCAUGGAGCUCUCUGGUCCGAGAUAACUAGAGGACCUAAAUAUGCAUAGAUAUGUGAAUUUUUGUUUUCUUAUUCUUUACUAUAAAGAAGGUUACCUAAGCAUCGGAACAACCUAAAUUAGCUCUUACCUAUUUUUAUUUGUUUCUACUUUCCUCCAUGUUUAGAAGGCUGUUUUGUGUUUUACCAUGUAUGUAUAUAUCGUUUCACAGUCAGAGAUACUGAAUGCUCCAAUGAGUAAAUAAUAUUAUUGAUCUU